AUGAGACAGAGCGGCGCCUCCCAGCCCCUGCUGAUCAACAUGUACCUGCCAGAUGCCGUCGGAGAUGGUCUCUUCAAGGAAGGGAAGAGCCCAGGGUGGGGUCCGCUGAGCCCCGCGGUGCAAAAAGGGAGCGGGCAGAUCCAGCUGUGGCAGUUUCUGCUGGAGCUGCUGGCGGACCGCGCGAACGCCGGCUGCAUCGCUUGGGAGGGUGGCCACGGCGAGUUCAAGCUCACGGACCCAGACGAGGUGGCGCGGCGCUGGGGCGAGCGCAAGAGCAAGCCCAACAUGAACUACGACAAGCUGAGCCGCGCUCUGCGCUACUACUAUGACAAGAACAUCAUGAGCAAGGUGCACGGCAAGCGCUACGCCUACCGCUUCGACUUCCAGGGCCUGGCGCAGGCCUGCCAGCCGCCCCCCGCGCACGCCCACGCUGCGGCGGCCGCCGCCGCCGCCGCUGCCGCCGCGGCCCAGGACGGGGCUCUCUAUAAGCUGCCGGCCGGCCUGGCGCCGCUGCCCUUCCCUGGCCUCUCCAAACUCAACCUCAUGGCCGCCUCGGCUGGCGUCGCGCCCGCCGGCUUCUCCUACUGGCCGGGCCCGGGCCCCGCCGCCACCGCCGCUGCCACCGCUGCGCUCUACCCCAGCCCGGGCUUGCAGCCCCCGCCCGGGCCCUUCGGCACGGUGGCCACCGCCUCGCACCUGGGGGGCCAUUACCACUAG